AUGAUGGACUCGGUUCACAUCAACAACCUCCAAGCUGGACAAUGGACAAGCCCAGAGCCGCGAGCAAAAACACAUAAACCUGUCGAUCCCCCACCGCCCAUUCGCGCGAAUCAGUCAUCCAAACUUGACCGUCAGGUUCCCCGGUCUAAUGACUUAAUCCCCCGUUAUCCACCAGCACCCAGCGUUGAGGAUGAGGCUUCAUCACUGGCAAAAGAACAUGCACAUCCUCAAGCGCAGUCCCCCUUACCGGCCGACGAGGAGGUUCAAUGUCGUGGAGAACUAGAGCAAAAUCCGAUCCUUGUCCCGGUGCACGAGUCCAAUCCGGAGCGACGAUAUGUGCAUGUUGGAACCAAGUCUACCAGUGAUACUGAGUCCGAAGACAGCCCCAAGAAAGGAGGCAGUGGUAAAGAGCAGGAAGAUGCAAAGCCAAGACCGGAGAAUGAGAGCUACAAGGCCAACACCGGUCGCAAGUACACUGUGCCCAGCGUGGUACCGGUUAUUUUGAAGCCUGUCGAGAAAGCGACGCCUCCAGAUGAAAAGGGCGACACAGAGCGGAGGAGGCUGAGGAGGAGCCGCAGUGAGCUACCUCGCAUCGAGACUGACGUAGCUACGCGAGACCGGUCGCGAAACCGCUCCAGGGACCGAUCCAGGGAGCGCCGAAGGGCUGCAUCUCGAGCUGCUUCCCGGAACCCGUCUGGCAGGAAUUCAUCUCGGGAACGGUCUCGGGAACGCCAAAGAGCGCGAUCUCGUGCGCCAUCCCCAGUCAUCUCGAGGAGAAAGUCUACUGCGUUUGUCAACCAGCGCCCGCGUACCGACUACUUUGAUUCCCCCAGCGACGCAUAUCUAUCACCAAACCCCACCGUGAUCAAGCACUCCACCACGGGACGUGACAGAGCCUACUUUGACAUGAACGACACCACCACAUCCAACGGCGAAAGGCCACGCUCGACAGUUGUCCACAGCUCGGCUAGACCAAAGGUUUACGACGAGAGGGGCGAAAAGCGGAGCGCAAUCUCAUACGAGAGAACAAAACACUACGAGGAUUCCCCUAGGCGUCCGGUUAGCAGCAUUGAAAUACCGCGAACGCUGCGCGCAUACUCUGACAGACGAUCGGAGAAGAAGUAUGACGAAUCUAGUCCCCGCACUAGCAGGAGAAACAUCUCCCCUCCACGCUCAGAUGGCCGCAGCAUAUAUUACGGUAGUGGAUCGCCACCUCGUUCGGAUAGGAGAAGUUCACCAACUCGCUCGGAGCGUUCGGUCAGGUCGGAAAGGUCGGACAGGAGGAGAUCUCCCCCACCGCGAAGGUACUCUGAGCGGGAGCGAGACCGGGAACGGGACCGCGAUCGUGACCGUGUACGGGAGAGGGAGAGAGAACGCCUCAGGGACAGAGAGAAACGGAACCGAGACCGGACGCGUGAGCCACCAUCGAGAAGCGAUUCAUACAAGAGCCAACGCUCAUCGCACAACAGCGAUGAAUCAAGCGACGACUAUGCGAGCUCGCUCCGGUCUGCUCGAGGCGCGCGAGACAGCCGUGUAUCCUUAAUGAGUGGUGAUCCUAACUAUCUGCUCAGCCCAGAGUCGAUAACUAGGCCUUCGCUCAGCAGCAGGAUGAGCUCGCGACGUGAAACCCCGUUGACAUCACCGUGGGGCUCAGUUGCGGGCAUGGAUACCCCCCCGCUACCCAGCCCACGCUCUUCAUAUACGUUCCCUCAGACAAAGGAGCGACGCCGAGGUGACGAAGGCCCCACGUCACCAUUCGCCCCUAGCCCUUCCCCGCCGACGAAAACAUCACCUCAGACUCAGCAUGCGCAGAUACCCAGCCUUACUGCAUCACUGAGUCUCCCUGUAGGCGCAGCAAUGACUGCCGGUGCCGUUGUUCCCACUUCGGGUCUCGCUAGUGUGCCCAAUGGCACCAUCGAGCCCAUCGAGCGUAUGCAUACACCGAUGCCUCCUCCAGCUCAGCGUCAGGAUUCGGCCUCGUCGAUUGGGUCAUGGCAACAGUCCCCAUACAGCCCCCCUCCCUUGCAGCCAUAUGAAAACGGGAUCACAGACCAGCAGGUCGUAUCCUUCAGACAGUACUCCGAGGAUGUCAGCGAGGGACGGGUGAACGAUCUGCCCGUAUGCCCUCGCCGGACACCUCAGGUUGGGCUAGCGGAUUGGCUCACGUUUCCGCAAUCUAAUAACUUCAACAUAUGCCCCGACUGUUACACGGGCGUAUUUGCACACACCGAGUACGCUCACAUGUUUGUGCCGGCCCCAUUCAGACCGUUGGACAAGCCCAUAGUAUGUGACUUUGGAAUUUCGGCCUGGUAUCGCAUCGCCUGGCUCAUGACGCGCAAAUCUGGCUUGCCGAACCUGCAACUGCUACAGAACAUUUCUGUAGUCGACACCAAGAACCAGCCCUGCUCUGGUGACAAACGAAUGACGCGAGUUUGGUACACAGUCCACAAUCCUAGGGAUCACCGGCCCGUGGAACGCUUUCAAGUGUGCGGAUACUGUGCAGGUUCUGUUCAGAGCCUGUUUCCCAACCUUGCCGGCGUCUUCCAGCCGGUAGACAGCAAGGCCGAGCCCACAAAGGCGAUAUGCUCGCUGCACUUUUCCGCAGAGCGUCUACGCUUUCUCGACUACUUUGACCUGCUCGAGGAAACAUCCGACAGGGCCAAGUCCCGCGGCUCGAUCCCCGACCUGCGCAGGCUCUACGAUAAGCUGCGACGGCUCAGCCUGGGCGACUGCGCCCGCGACGAGUACCUGACCGACCGCGAGUGGUACACCAUACGCAACUUCCCACGCUUCACGGCAUGCGAAGAAUGUUUUGAGCAGGUCGUACAGCCUGAGAUCGACAGGAGCAACCCGCUAGCGAGGCAGUUUCUCCAUCGGCCUCAGCGCAUGCGCCGGGCGGCCUGUCAGCUGUACUCGGCGCGGAUGCGUCGUCACUUUGCCGAGGCCUGCCGCGCCAACGAUCUCGACAGGCUCAUCCGCGUCGUCGAGGAGCGAGAGCACAUUGAGAAGGAUUGCAAGGCGCGCAUUGCCCACUACCAGGCCCAGAACCGCCUCGACAGGGUGGAUGAUUACGAGAGGAAAUGGCAAAGGUAUGAAUGA